GGCGCUUGGAAGGAGCCGUUUGAACUUCGGAUUCGUACAGACCAGGGGGCAGCGCGAGCUUCUGGGGCGCUGAGAGGGCGGGGCUGGUCGGCGGCAUGAAGGUGUGAGAGGAGCAGCGCACGGACCGGAGAGAGUUGGAAGAGAAAGAUAAGCUUUCUCAACUUGGAAUGAACUAGUCAUUGAACUGAUCUAGUUGGUUUCAGAACCCUCAAGCCAUGUCAAAGGGCAUUGUUUGGAUUUUCUACCGCAGUUUUCGUCUCAGUUUCUGAAAGAGAUGGCUGGACUUCUAAUCAGAGCAUUGAACCUGGACCUCACUAGUGACAGCUCCUGCCAUUCUUUUGUAUUUACUGCUGGCCAGUUGGUUUAAAGUUCUCACUAGUAAAUGUCUGACAGAUUUUCAAGUAUAGACAUUUGGUAGUGUCUAAUGAGGAUAUAAAGAACUACGUUGGCCAGAUAGGAGGUGCAGGAUCAGGUGUAUAGCUGGAAUUUAGCUAGCAAAUAACAGCAGAGGACAAGUGCGCUGGGGAGUCUCAUACGGCGCCUGGGAGUAGACAGUUCCCUCAUGCUCAGUCUUUGCACGUUGAAACAAUCUGUUUUAAUACAAAAUGGACAUCAAAUAUUUUCAGUGACAGAACAACAAGGGGGUUCCUUUCACGUUUCUGAGGAAAAAAGGAAGUCUUUGGUCACUGGGGAAGCUUCAGUAGAAGAAUGACUACAAGGAGCCAUCAGAUUCUUCUUGGUUAAGACCAUAACAAUAAAACUGGGCAUAUAUGUGCAAUAUGUCUCUAGUGUUGCUCCUACUGGAGAUGUAGUGCAUGGACAGGGCAGAAGUGCCACAAGCAGGUUCCUCUGCAGCUGCAAGAGGCAUUUGAAAAAGGUGUGCUAGCCCUCUGAUAUCUCAAAAUGCCAUUAGUGAAAAGAAACAUAGACCCCAGGCACCUGUGUCACACAGCACUGCCCAGAGGCAUCAAGAAUGAACUGGAAUGUGUCACCAAUAUCUCGUUGGCAAAUAUAAUUAGACAACUGAGUAGUCUAAGUAAAUAUGCUGAAGAUAUAUUUGGUGAGCUUUUCAACGAAGCACACAGUUUCUCCUUCAGGGUUAACUCCUUACAAGAACGUGUGGACCGUUUAUCUGUCAGUGUUACACAACUUGACCCAAAGGAAGAAGAACUGUCAUUGCAGGAUAUUACAAUGAGAAAAGCUUUCCGGAGUUCCACAAUUCAAGAUCAGCAGCUGUUUGACCGCAAGACUCUGCCUAUUCCUUUGCAGGAGACUUAUGACACUUGUGAACAACCUCCCCCACUCAACAUACUCACCCCUUACAGAGAUGACGGAAAAGAAGGUUUGAAGUUUUACACCAAUCCUUCAUAUUUCUUUGAUCUAUGGAAAGAAAAGAUGUUGCAGGACACCGAGGACAAGAGAAAGGAAAAGAGAAAGCAGAAGCAGAAAAAUCUAGAUCGCCCUCAUGAACCGGAAAAAGUGCCCAGGGCGCCUCAUGACAGACGGCGAGAGUGGCAGAAGUUAGCCCAAGGUCCAGAACUUGCUGAGGAUGACGCUAAUCUCUUACAUAAGCACAUUGAAGUUGCUAAUGGCCCAGCCUCGCAUUUCGACCCAAGACCUCAGCCAUAUGUGGAUCAUAUGGAUGGAUCCUACUCCCUUUCUGCAUUACCCUAUAGUCAGAUGACUGAACUUCUGAGCAGAGCUGAGGAGCGAGUGUUGGUCAGACCACAUGAGCCACCACCCCCUCCACCAAUGCAUGGUGCAGGGGAUGUGAAACCCAUACCUCCUUGUAUUAGCUCCACCACAGGUUUGAUAGAAAAUCGUCCUCAGUCACCAGCAACAGGCAGGACACCAGUGUUUGUGAGCCCCACCCCACCCCCUCCUCCUCCUCCUCUUCCAUCUGCUUUGUCCACUUCUUCAUUGAGAGCUGCAAUGACUUCCACCCCUCCUCCACCCAUACCUCCACCACCACCACCUCCAGCAGCUGUUUUGCAAGCACCAGCAGUGCCACCUCCACCAGCUCCUCUCCAGAUUGCUCCUGGAGUUCUUCAUCCAGCUCCUCCUCCAAUCGCACCACCUCUAGCACAGCCCUCUCCUCCAGUCACUAGAGCUGCCCAAGUAUGUGAAACUGUACCAGUUCAGCCAGUUCCACAAGCUGAAGUGCAAGGACUUCCUCCUCCCCCCCCACCUCCUCCACUGCCUCCCCCUGGCAUUCGACCCUCAUCUCCUGUCUCAGUUGCCACCCUCUCUCAUCCUCCCACAACCAUUGUUCCUGGCCCUCAUGCUCCACUAAUGCCUCCAUCUCCACCAUCCCAAGUGAUUCCUGCUCCUGAACAAAAACGCCACCCAUCAACUCUACCUGUAAUCAGCGAUGCCAGAAGCGUUCUACUGGAAGCAAUACGAAAAGGUAUUCAGCUACGCAAAGUCGAAGAGCAGCGUGAACAAGAAGCUAAACAUGAGCGCAUUGAGAAUGAUGUUGCCACUAUAUUGUCUCGCCGCAUUGCUGUGGAAUACAGUGAUUCAGAAGAUGAUUCAGAGUUUGAUGAAGUGGAUUGGUUGGAGUAAAAUAGAUACAUUGAUAUACACUGAA